GUGGGACUCGAGUUCUCAGGUUGUAACGGUUUGUUAAGCACCCGUAAGCUUAACGGAAGUAGUGUAGCUCGAGAGAGUCUCUCGGGAGGCUGGAUUAGCCACAAGUUGUGGUGAACCAGGGCGUGCCGUAAGGCACUAGAUCUGAGAUGGAGUAAGUUUCAAAGAAAUGCAAGUCUCCUGAAGCGUCAGCUGACUUGGCAGUUUAAUGGCCACCUAGGAAAGAAGGGGAUUAGUGGAAAAAUCAUAGUCAAUUACGAAAAGAAGACCCUUUCUGUCGAGGUGAGUUAGAUGCUUACCAUGAUAUGUUUGUACUUAUACAAUGUGUGUGGCCGUGUGGGUGUGUGUUUAAUGCUUUAACUUUAAAAUAUCUAAUAUUUUGAGGUCCUGUUUGGUUCAGAAUCUGGUAGGAGUUUUGGAUGAACACUCAUAGCUUCCUGGAGAUUGAGGACUGAAGAAGAUGCUUUACAAGAAAAUGUUGCAAGAGCAAAAGAUGAAUUCAAUAAUGUUGUCUGUCAGAAAAGGAUUAAUGAGUUGAAUGAACAAAUAACCAAGAAGAAAGCACAAAUUGCAGCAUUAAUGGAGAAGACACUAGAAUUUAGAUCUAAGAAGGAUGAUCUGAAGCACAAUAUUUCAUUGGAUGCCGUAAGCAGAAAAAUCAGCCUAGAUGCUCUCGUUGACUUUGCAUUGGCUCAAGGGUCUCAAUGGAUUUUCAUCACACCCCAUGAUAUCAGUAUGGUGAAGCAGGAUGAGAGGGUAAGGAAGCAACAAAUGACGGCCCCCCGUUAACUUCUACGUAAAGCUUCUCCCCAAUGCAAUAUUUUUUGUAUUCUUACUUCUUGCAUGUUGUGAGGCCUAACACUACGCCAGAAACAGCAUCAGACCACUGUUGAUUCACUACUGUUUAUGCAAACACAGUAGUUGAAAAAAAACAGACUACUAUAAG